AUCAAUCGUCAUCGUCGUCGUCGGUGCCUUCCUUGUCAGAUUUUUAUUUGUAGAGAGAGAAAAAAGGAGACGACGAUUGUUUUCUUUCCAUCUUUCUACAUUCUCUCCGUUAAUCCACUAUUCAGAGAUUCCCUCUCUCCCAUCUUCAUCAUACGAUCCCUGAUUUUCACGGGAUCGAUCCGGACUGAAUCUGUAUUUCUCAGAUCAAUCGGAUCCAAUGGACGAGUUUGGUGUUCUUACGGAGCGCUAUGGGAUCAAGCCCCAAGGCAAAUCUGCUCCAAUGGCUGCCUCCAAGCGUUCUCACAACACUUCCGAUUGGAAAUCGUACGCUUCUUCUUCUUCUUCCAAUAAGGUAUCUGGUAACGGUGACGACAUUUUCUUCACCUCGAGCUCGACUACUACUACCAUGAACGGCGCGAGUUCUGGUGAUUUCGAUGUUUUCGGUGGGAUGAACAAUAAGAAUAGCAAGUCGUCAUCUUCAGCGCAUGCUGAUGACUUGUUUGGUGCUAUGCCCACCGCUCCCAAUAAUGAUGAUGAUAUUUUUGGAUCAUUCUCUUCCUCUACCAAUCAAUACCCUCCCGUUGAUGAUUUGUUGGCUGGAUUUGGUGCUCUUAAAUCCCAGACCUUCAACCUCAACAAUUCAUCCGCUUCUGAUGAAUUGAUUCCUGGUUUUGGUUUUGGUACUUCUCACAGCAAGACUACGGCAUCCAACUUUGUUGAUACUGACCCUUUUGUGGUUCUGGAAUCAUCUAUGUCCGGCGCACAUUCUUCUUCCGGUAUCUUCGUGGAUCCACUGGAUGCAUUUGCUGCUUCCGUCAGCUCUCAGGGGCAAAAACCAUCUAAUAAUACCACACAUUCUUCUACAAAGCUCAAGCCUCCCCCUAAACCAACGCAAAAAGUGAACAGAGCUAAAAGUUCUGUGAUGUCUUCAGUAGACGAACUUGACGACUUUGCCAUGGGUGGUACCAUGCGCCGUAGUGCCUCGGCCUCUGACGCUGCUAGUAAAUAUAGAGAAGCUCAAGAGACGAAACAGUUUGGUGUUGAUGACCUUGACUCCUUUUUCAGCUCUGGGCCUCGCUCCAGCAGUGUGCCCAAAUCUCGGACAGCAACUGAAGCACUUCGCAAGCCAGCAGUCAACGUCCCAAAAAAGACGACUAAUGGGGUUUCUAGUGCAAAGAAGCCUCCUGCUCCAGCAGCAAAUCUGGUGGAUGACUUUUCUGCGCUUUUUGGAGAGGAUCCUCCUAUAUUUAAAGAAUUUGAGGAAAUCCCAGGGGAGACCGAAGAACGAAGAAAGGCCAGAUGGGAUCGUGAACAGAGAACAAAGAGCCGUGUGGCACAAGCUGUAGCUGAUAUGAACAACCGUGAUCAUCAAUCUCGGAUCGAACAAGAACAGAGAACUAGAAUUUCUGAGACUGCUGAUGCUGAGAUAAAGCGUUGGGCAACUGGAAAAGAAGGAAACAUGCGUGCCCUGUUAUCUUCCUUGCAAAUCGUACUCUGGCCUGGAUGUGGUUGGGAGGCUGUUUCUCUAACAGAUUUGAUUACUUCUUCAGCAGUCAAGAAAGUCUAUAGAAAGGCAACGCUGUAUGUCCAUCCCGAUAAAGUUCAGCAGAAAGGAGCCACCCUUGAACAGAAAUAUAUUGCCGAAAAGGUUUUCGACAUUUUGAAGGAAGCCUGGAACAAGUUCAACAAAGAGGAGCUCUCGUAAGCCCAUAUAUGUUUCGGAUCUAGUUUCCCCCAGAGUUCUUCGUUUCAGGUUUGAGAACAGUUUCCUUCCAGUUGAGCUUGAAUCAGGACAGAGUACGUCUAGCAAUGGUUGAGUAAGAGGUAGAGACACUUAACAAGACUGGGUAACUGCUUUUUUGUGUCUCUAUGUAUCUCUACCCAAAAUCGUCUGCGAGUCUCUCUCUCUCUCUUUCUCUCUCUCUCUCUCUCUCUCUCUCU